AUGAGGGAGGUUCUUUCGCUUCACGUUGGUCAAGCUGGUAUCCAGAUUGGUAAUGCCUGUUGGGAGCUCUACCUGCAGGAGCACGGCCUGACGCCUGAUGGCCGUGUGACGGAGGAGAGCAAGUCGAAGAGCGACGAUGGUUUUUCGACGUUCUUCAGCGAGACGGGCCGAGGCAAGUACGUGCCGCGCUCGAUCUACGUGGACCUGGAGCCCAAUGUUGUGGACGAUGUGCGCAACGGCCCCUACAAGGACCUAUUCCACCCCGAGACGCUCGUGACUGGCAAGGAGGAUGCGGCGAACAACUAUGCGCGUGGCCACUACACUGUCGGCAAGGAGCUGAUCGACCAGACGAUGGACCGUGUGCGCAAGCUCGCUGAUGCCUGCUCGGGUCUGCAGGGCUUCUUUGUGUUCCACUCGUUCGGUGGCGGUACGGGCUCGGGUUUCGGCUCGCUGCUGCUGGAGCGCCUCGCGCAGGACUAUGGAAAGAAGGCGAAGCUGGAGUUCUCGGUGUACCCUGCGCCGAUGAUGAGCAGCUCGGUGGUGGAGCCGUACAACUCGGUGCUGACGACCCACACCACGCUGGAGAACUCGGACUGCUCGUUCAUGGUGGACAACGAGGCGAUCUACGACAUUUGCAAGCGCAACCUGGGCAUCAGCGCGCCGAGCUACAUGAACCUGAACCGUCUGAUUGCGCAGGUUGUUUCGUCGAUCACCGCGUCGCUGCGCUUUGACGGUUCGCUGAACGUGGACCUGAACGAAUUCCAGACGAACCUGGUGCCCUACCCCCGUAUCCACUUCCCGCUCGCGACGUACGCGCCGAUCAUUUCUGCCGACAAGGCGUUCCACGAACAGAACAGCGUCGCGGAGAUGACGACGUCGAGCUUCGAGAAGGGCAACCAGAUGGUCAAGUGCGACCCGCGGGACGGCAAGUUCAUGGCGUGCUGUCUUCUGUACCGCGGUGAUGUGGUGCCGAAGGAUGUCAACUCGGCGGUGAGCCUGAUCAAGACCAAGCGCACGAUCCAGUUUGUCGACUGGUGCCCAACCGGUUUCAAGAUCGGCAUCUGCAACGAGCCGCCGGCGCUCGUGCCGGGCGGCGACCUGGCCAAGGUGUCGCGCUCGCUGUGUAUGCUCGCGAACACUACGGCCAUCUCGACGGCUUGGAGCCGCCUGGACCGCAAGUUCGACCUGCUCUACUCGAAGCGCGCAUUCGUGCACUGGUACGUCGGCGAAGGUAUGGAGGAGGGCGAGUUCAGCGAGGCCCGCGAGGACCUUGCCGCGCUCGAGAAGGACUACGAGGAGGUGGGCAUGGAGACGGCUCUGGGCGACGAGGACGGCCUGGACGCCGAGGAGUAUUAG